CAAUACCUAGAGCAAUACCGAGCAAUACGCGAACAUAGCAAUCCCGGGUCAAGUCGUCGGGCCGCACUGUAUUGAGUAAGACCACAUGGCGACAUAUUAUUGGCGUCCGAAUAUAAAGCUACGUCAGGUCACCUCACCUAAUAAUUGUUCCUCAAAAUAACAUAACCAUUAUAAAUCUAAAUAAAACUGUAACCAAUGCAAAAAAAUUACUUCACCUCCUGUUCCCAACCCUGCAGUCAACCAAACAGAAUCUGAACAUAUAUACACCAAUCACCAAUCUCAAUACCCUUCCACACCUCCUCCCCCAAUGUCCACCUCCGGCGACUCAACCGCCGGCCUCAUCCCUGGCGACUCUCCCGCGACCAUCUUCAGCUCCGAAAGGAUCGGAAAAUUCGGCUACGGGGUCGGCAUCUCCGUCGGCAUCCUCCUCCUCAUCACCACCAUCACUCUCAUGUCUUACUUCUGUACCCGUUCCUCCACCGCCGCCAACUCCUCUUCUCCAUCCCGCCACCGCCACCACUAUCCCGAUGAUGAUGAAGAUGACAACAAUAUCGAAGCCGGGCUCGACGAGGCCGUUCUCAAGAGCUGGGCGAAGGUGACUUAUGCGGAAGCCAAGCGGCGGGACCCACGGGCCGGCGACUCCGGUUGCUCGGUGUGUUUGGCAGACUAUGCAGAUGAGGAGAUGCUGAGGCUGUUGCCGGAGUGCGGGCAUCUGUUUCAUGUGAAGUGCGUUGAUCCGUGGCUCCGGCGGCACCCGACUUGUCCGGUCUGCCGGUCAUCGCCGGUGCCCUCCCCGCUGCCGACGCCUUUGGCUGAGGUGGUUCCUCUCGCGGCGGCGACAAGGUAGUUGCAGGAAUAUUUUCUUGUUUUCGAAAAUUUAUAUAUCUACAUAAAGAAUCAAAAUAGAGAAUACUGCAGCUUCGUUAUAAGAAUUUUUUUAAAAAUUUUGGAAUUAUGAAAUAGAAGUCGAUAAUUG